AUGAAGUUUACCCUGAAUAGAAGAGAGCAGCGGAGAGAGAGAGUAUGGUACACCUCAUCACGGAUGCGUGUGAGAUAUUUAUCAACACUCAUUUUAUACUCUCAUAACUUUAGCUGCACUGCGCUUAGUUUUUCUGAAUUUUAUGUGCAAAAUUCAACGUGUCUUUGCAGUGGCUUCUCUCUCCAAAUGGCUUGGAUUAUUUCCCCGCCGUGGCGACACGAAGGGACCUGCGCUGUUUUUUUGCUCUCUGCUUUGAUCGCAGUGAUUGUGACAGGUGACUCCGCCGCGCAGGUUUUCGACAGUUAUGGAUUAUCAUAUGCAUUGAGAUCGGAACUAUCAGAGGAUGCUAUAUUGGUGGCCAACAAUGGAAUACGCGUGCCUUUCGGGAGAGCAGUAUUCAUUGAUCCUAUAAAUGAUCUGGUAAUCCAAGUACAACCGGGAGACAGAUGUAGUAUAACCGUUCUGGAUAACGACCCGCUCUCCCAGAGGCCCGGGCAGCUCUCUCCCAAAAAGUUUCCCUGUGAGUUUGGACCCAAUGACAUAAAGUAUUCUCACUUCGGGUCCAGGAGCCCCCCGCGGGAUAGAGUGAGGCUACAGCUCAGAUAUGACACUAAUACCGACACGAUAAUCAUUCCGUUUAUGAUGGAGGUGGAGGUGAUUUUCACACAGUUGGAAGUGUUAACCAGAAACAUACCUCUGACUGUUGACAAACUGCUUGGCACUAGUAAUCCCAUUGACAGGAAGAUUCUGGAGUUCACCUAUGAUAGGAGUGAACAUCAGUGUAAAAUAACAUCUCUCUCCAGUGGCAGUGCAUUACCCAGGUAUGGAAAACUUGUGGAUGAGGGAAAACUUGGAAAAAUGGUGGACUGUGAUGAAUUUAUUAAGAUGAAUAUCUGCUAUCAGCACACUUUUGCACACAAAUCACAGAAUAUAGAUUAUUUCCCAAUGAUUGUGGAAUUACAAGAUAAAGAGGGUAAUCUUCUGAAGCAGGAGUUUUUCCAGAUUAUGGUGCGUAUAAAGGAUGGAGAGGAGAACACGGCUCCUAAACCCAGCUUCGUGGCCAUGAUGAUGAUGGAGGUGGAUCAGUUUGUGAUGACAGCCAUCACCCCUGACAUGCUGGCUGCCGAGGACAUUGAGUCUAACCCUGACAACCUUAUCUUCAACAUCACCACCCCCCUCUCCUUCGAGGAGGGGUAUGUAGUCAGCACAGAUGACCGGAACCUGCCCAUCACCUCUUUCUACCAGGGAGACCUCAAAGAACUAAAGAUAGCCUACAAGCCUCCGUCUGUGGACUCUGAGACGGAACGUAUCUUCCAGAUAGAGUUUGAGGUGGUGGACACUGAGGGGGCUGUGUCUGACCCGUUCGCCUUCAUGAUUGUAGUGAAGCCUAUGAACACGCUUGCUCCAGUAGUCACCAGGAAUACGGGUCAGCUUCUCUACGAGGGUCAGUCCAGACCACUGUCCAGCUCUCACAACCUAGGGGUCAGUGACGAGGACAACCUGGAUGAUGUCAGGAUCACGGUGGUCGACGGGCUGCGGCAUGGCCAGCUGACAGUGCUCGGGUCACGCAGGAAGUUCUUCACCCCGGCCGAUCUGGACGGGGGCGUGGUCAUCUACCAGCACGACGGCAGCGACACGUACAGCGAUAACAUCAUCUUCCGGAUGAUGGACGGCAAGCACGAGGUGGAGUUCCUGUUUCCCCUGACGAUCGUUCCCACGGACGACGAGCCGCCAAUUAUCAACGCCAACACGGGGUUAAUCCUCUUCAAGAACCAGAUUAUGCUCAUUUCGCCACUCACACUCAGCGCUGCAGACAUCGACUCUGAGGACUCCACUAUCAGGUUCACCAUAGAGGCCCCGUUCUCGUCUAUAGGGGAGGUGCUGCUGAGGCAGUCAGAGGCCCCAGAGGACCCCUCCACCUGGAGGUUCAACGCUGAGGAUGAGCUGUAUGAGAAAGAGGUUACGGAGUGGCUGCAGCAGGAUAUCACAGACGGGAAGCUGUUCUACAGACACACCGGGCCUCACAGCACUGACACAGUCAUGGACCAGUUUGUAUUCCGGGUCCAGGAUGAUAACGAUUCCCCUAACCAAUCAGAACAGAGCUCGUUCAUCAUCAAGGUUCUGCCCGUGGAUGACAUUCCCCCUGAGCUGUAUCCCGGCACCACCCUCCAGAUGACCGUACACGAGUACCAACUCACCUACUUCCGUAAGAAGUUUCUCCGCUACACUGACCUGGACUCAGAGGACCGCGAUCUAAAGUACACCGUCACCCAGCCCCCGACAGACACAGACGAGAACAGCCCUGUGGUACUGGGGUCUAUUGUGUUAACAGAAAGUCCAAACACUGUAGUUACUGAGUUUACUCAGGCUCAGGUUAACCACCAUAAGAUAUCAUACAAACCACCUGACCUGGAGCUGGGGAUCACAGCCCACGUUCUGCAGUUCCAGUACACGGUGGAGGAUACGUCAGGGAAUACUGUCACUGGAACGUUCUCUAUAUUCCUGCAGCCUGUCGACAACAAGCCGCCUCAGAUAACCAACACUGGCUUCACUAUAUUAGAGCGGGGAACGCACAUAAUCACCAGAGCUGAGCUGGAUACUGUGGAUUUAGACACGGACAGUAGCCAGAUCUCCUUCACUCUCACUCAGUCCCCUCAGCACGGAAUGGUCCAGUACACCUUCACCGACCUGACCAAAGGAGACGCGUUCAACCUGUUGGACAUCGCUAAUGACAGGAUCUCCUACAUCCACAAUGGAGACGAGUCCACCAGCGAUUUCUUCCAGCUGGAUGUCAGUGACGGCGUCCAUGUUGUGACCAUCACCAUCAGGGUUACCGUGAAGCCCAUCGAUGACGAGACCCCAACCAUCAGCCUCCCGGCCGGAACCAUCGGCUCCUACAUCGAUGUCCUGGAGAACGGAGCCACGGAGAUCACGACUAACGUCAUCCAGGGGCAGGACGAGGACACGGACAACCUCCGUUUGACCUUCAUCCUGGAGGACCCACCGGUUUUCGGGGAGAUCCUGGUGAACGGGGUCCAAUCAGGAAGCUUCACCCAGGCUGACAUCAUCAACGGACUGGUGGUGUACACCCACACCAGCGGAGAGAUCGGCCUCACCACUAAAUACGACUACUUUAACCUGACGCUGACAGACAUGUCUGAUGAGUGGACGGUAGGGGGCAACAGGGUCACGGGGGUCAGGGUACAGAUCACCAUCCUCCCCAUGGACAGUCAGGCUCCAGAGGUGUUCGUAGGCCCACAGUUCACUGUCGUAGAGGGAGAGAAGAAUGUGAUUGAGAUUCUUCACAUUAGCGCUGAUGAUAUUGACACUCCUAAUGACGACCUGCUUUGUACCAUCAUCGUCCAGCCCACUUCAGGCUAUGUGGAGAACAUCUCCCCGGCCCCAGGCUCAGAGAAGUCCAGGUCUGGGACGGCGAUCAGUGCAUUCACCAUCAAGGACAUCAGACAGAACCACAUCUACUACGUCCAAAGCAUCCAUAAGAGAGUGGAGCCGGUCGAGGACAGGUUCACGUUCAGAUGCUCCGACGGCAUCAACUUUUCUGAGAGACAUUUCUUCCCCAUCGCUAUCAUCCCGUCCAACGAUGAGAAGCCGGAGAUUUAUAUGAGGGAGUUUGUCGUCAUGGAAGGGAUGAAUAUCGUCAUCGACACGCCCAUCCUGAACGGAGCUGACAUGGACAUCCCCUCGGACGAACUCACGUUCAUCAUCACCAAACCACCCAAGCACGGUUUCAUCCUCAACCAGCUGACCACUGGCACCGUCACAGUCACCAACUUCACCCUGGACCAGAUCAGGGAAGCCUCCAGUAUAGUGUAUGAACACGACAACUCGGAGACGAAGGAGGACAGCUUUGACUUAAUCCUGACGGACGGUAAAUAUACCGUGGAGAAGACCAUCAUUGUUAUGAUCAUCCCUGUAGAUGACGAGACACCUAGGAUGGCCAUCAAUGACGGUCUGGAGAUAGAGAUAGGAGAUGUUAAAUUGAUCGAUAACAAUGUUUUAAAAGCCACCGACCUGGACUCUGAGGAUAGUACUCUGACGUACGUUGUUCGCUACGGGCCGGGCCAGGGGUUGUUACAGAGGAGAACCCCUUAUGGGACGUUAGAGAACAUCACAGAGGGGAUGAACUUCACCCAGUACCAGGUGGACCAGGCUCUCAUUGUCUAUAUCCACAACGGGCAGGAAGGAAUCCGGGACCUUAUCAAGUUUGACGUGACGGACGGGAUCAACCCUCUGAUCGACAGGUACUUCAUUUUUACAAAUGUGUUUUCUAAAAUACAAACAAUACACUACAACAAUAGAAUAAACAACUUGAAAAAAAUGAUAAAUCCAUUAAAAUAAAUCUAUUGUACAUCAAUACAAGACUAUAAUUCUGGAUAUAGCACUAUGCUUAUAGAACAAUGAUGAUUCUUUCUAGGUAUGACAUUUCAGUUUGUCAGGUUGUCUCCUAACGAAUUGUCUUGCAAUUGUUUGUUUUGUUUAUUUGUUAUAUUCUUUUUGUCAAUUGACAGGUACUUCUACGUGACGGUGGGCGGCAUCGACAUGGUGUUCCCUGACGUGGUCAGUAAGGGGGUCUCUCUGAAAGAAGGCGGUAGAGUAACGUUGACCACAGACCUGCUCAGCACCAGUGACCUCAACAGUCCAGACGAACACCUGGUGUUCACCAUCACCAGAGCCCCACAGAGAGGCCAUCUGGAGUGUACCGACGGGCCUGGCAUGCCCAUCUCCUCCUUUACCCAGCUCCAGCUAGCUGGGAGCAAGGUACUACUGUUUUUUUCCUUUGUGUUAUUCUCAACCAUUUUUUUCAAUACUCGUGAUUUUAUUCUUUGAUUUUCUGUAAACAUUUUUAAAUGGCGUAUUGUUUUGUCUUUUCAUGUGUGCAAUUUUUAAAAAUAAUAAUACAGGUUUACUACAUCCACACGGCCGAUGAUGAGGUCAAGAUGGACAGCUUUGAGUUCCAGGUCACCGACGGUUACAACCCUGUGUUCCGCACGUUCCGUGUCUCCAUCACCGACGUGGACAACAAGAAACCAGUUCUAACGGUUCACAGCCUGGUGGUUAACGAGGGAGAGAACAAACUCAUUACGCCCUUCGAGCUGACUGCUGAGGACCGCGACACAGCUGACCGCCUCCUGAAGUUCACGGUCACCCAGGUCCCUGUCCACGGUCGCCUCCUCUUCAACAACACCCGUCCCGUCACCUCCUUCACCAAACAGGACCUGAAUGAGAAUCUCAUCAGCUACAAACACGACGGUACUGAGUCCUCCAAGGAUUCCUUCUCCUUUACCGUGACUGACGGGACGCACACCGACUUCUACGUUUUCCCAGACACCGUGUUCGCGACACGGCGCCCCCAGAUGAUGAAGAUCACAGUCCUGUCUGUGGAUAACGGGGUGCCCCAGAUCGUGGUGAACAAAGGGGGGCCCACCCUGAGAGUGUUAGAGACAGGUCACCUGGGGUUCCUCAUCACCUCUAAGACUCUUAUGGCAGAAGACAGGGAUAGUCUUCAGCUGUCUGUCACCUUUAAGAUCACUGUGGGACCAGAGCAUGGAUACCUCAUCAACCUGGGUACAGGCAACGCUACCGUCACCACAUUCACUCAAGGUAAGACGACCGAUACUUUAAAUAGAAAGUUAUAAUCUACUAUACUUUAGUCUUUUACAAUACAACUUUAUUGUCCAAUGUUUUUUAUUUUUAUUCUUCAUAAGUGAUUGAGCAAUUCUCACUUAGAGCUGUAGCGCUGUUGCUCUUAUAAUGGCUUAAGAGCUUACUAUAACACCUACCUGUAUAAUGGUACUAUGUAACUAGUAUGGCCAUUGGCCGCAACUGCACAGAGGUGUACAGAAAUCAAGUAUUGUGAAAAUGCUUAAUUUGACAGAGAAAUCUUUUGUCUUUCUAGAGAGAGUCCAUGAAUGGAGUUCCACAAGUUCCUCAGGCAGACAGAUAGAUAGGGUUUCACCGGGCAGUGGUUUCUCCUACCCCAGACCUCAUCUAGCAAACUUCUGCAGAGUAUUAGAGCUCUUGAGUAAAUACCAGCAUAUUUUACCUUACGUGAAGGCAAGGGGCCACAGACAUGAAGAAUAGCGAGUGAGAACAUUAAUACCCUGUCUGAGAGAGAGAGAGGCAGAGAGAGAGAGCGAGAGAGGUAGGGAGAGAGAUACAGUAGAGAGAGAGUGGGGGAGAGGGAGAGAGAGAGGUAGGGAGAGAGAUAGAGAGAGAGGGUGUGAGAGAGAGAUGUGUUAGCUUCACUCACAGUGAAUGCAGGCCAAUGUUUGUUUAAGCCACAGAAAUAGCUACAGUAUAGAACAACUUCAUACAUACAGCCCAGUUUACAGUACAAAUGAAAAGGUGCAAACAGUAACACAGUCAGUAAGGAAUGGCCCCAAUCGAACUCAAAUGGCAGCAUCCCAAAUGGCACCUUAUUCCCUAUAUAGUGCACUUCUAUGGGCUCUGGUAAAAAGUAGUGCACUAUACAGUAUAGGAAAAAGGGUGCCAUUUGGGUGGGAUGCAGCUCCAUUCUCUCCUUUAUUUAAUGACCCCCCUUCAUCCCCAUUCUCCUCUCCUUCUGCAGACCUGUUAAAUAUUUCAGGCAGAUCAAUCGCUAUUAAACAGACAGUAAAUAACGCUAGCUAAUCCAGCAUAGCCGGCGGCAGUGUCCCAAAACUGGCUUUAUGUGCCGGCCGCUUUGAAGGGAAAUGUUUUGACAUCAAAUAUUGAAGAUAGCAGGGGCAGUAAUACACCUCACACCCUCCUCCCUGAUAUCAGUCUCCCAGCCUAUAAAGAAGCCACUCCAGAACCAACCCUCCUCCUAGAUAGUAUCAGUCUUAAGAACCCAAUCCAGCAUAGCGUUGUUAGCCGAUGCGGCAGACAGACGUGAUGUGGUGUAGCUACUGCAGUCUGCCUCUUCUUUAUGCUUCCUGUCUUUCAGCAGACUAAUAGAUAGAUAGACACUAAACAGCCUGAGUUAAAUCAGCUCUCCUUCCCUGCAUCUCAAUAGCCAUUUCUUCUUCUUUUGUUUUCUUCUUCUUUUUUACUGGUGAGGCUUCAUCCAAAUAAGUUGUCCAACAGUGUAUAAAUAGGUUGUAGUAGUUCAGUAAUAUGACAUGUGGAAGUAGUUUUAAGCCACAUCAGAAAACCUAUAAUAGAGAACUGUCUAACAACUGUUCAUCGCAGAUAUGCAUAUCAAAUGUUGUAAUAUUGUAUUGUAUUAUACCCUGCCUACCAUAUCAGCAUUAUUCAUUUUCUCAGUCUAUUUUCUUAGAGUCUAUUAGAAAACAUGCAAGGCAUGGCAAUGACAUGAACUAUACAUGUAAGGCCAAUAUGUUUCAAGAUGAGUAUAAGAGUAAAUUACAUCAAUAUGAUUUUCUUUUUCAGCUGAAAUUGAUGACAUGAAGAUUUGCUACGUGCUAAGAGAUGGUGACAAUGCUACGAGUGACAUCUUCUAUUUCUCCAUUGAGGACAAU